AGUGGCGCGUGAGCCUUCAAGACCCCCAGUAGAAGCUGUGUGAUCCACGGAGACACAGUGACAGGAGCUUGCUCGCGCUAUCAGCUUGCGUCCUGCACACCAUGAACGCAUCGCGCACUGCGAGCUUGCUUGUGCUUUCUCCAGCCUUGAUUUCUCUCCUUCGAGGAUUGUGCCAGUGACAGUGAAAAGAUACUAUGCUAUAAGUGUUAAUGGUACUAUAGCACCUGUAUAGACAUCGUGUUAUGAUGCACAGUAGCAGCAGAGAAACCACAGCAGAGUAGAGGAUUAGUAAGCAGUUAUUACACCUGCUUUUUUGUAGAAAGAGAAACCUUAGUGCUCUCCAGUCAUUAUAGAAACACUUCUAUUUGCUUUCGAUAGUGAAGUCGAAACGCCAUAAAAAAGGAAUACCCUGCGUCUAAAACACAGAACAAAGGUGGUGUAAACAGUCGUAGGCCAAAAAAGCUCUCAGGAGUCACAUAGAAGAUCAGACCCGGAGGAAAAAACACGCAAUAAGAAGCCUGAAGAAAUCUCAUCGGGGCAGGAAAGCCCUGGUUCUGAAUGCCUGAUUGGUCUAUCUCGGUUGAGUUUGAAGAGACUCAGGAGUGCAUCACCUGCACCGCUAACAUGGUUCUCCACGCUGUCAACGAGGACGACGAGAACCUUCGCGAGAAGGUUAUGAAGAAGAAGUAUUAUUGCAAGAACAACAAGAGGAAGAAGCAGCAGCCCUUUUCUGACUUGGGUGUGUUCAAGUUUACCGACUAUGACUGCAUUGGCUUUGACCUCGACAACACCAUCUGCAGGUACAAAGUCGGGGAAAUCAUGAGACUCGAGUACAGCCUCAUCGCUGAUUACAUGGUCAACCGAUACGGUUACGAGCCCGAGCUACUCCUGCCCCUUGAUGAUGACAUCGACUUCCUGCACAAGGGAAUCAUCCUCGACAUCAAGCGAGGAAACUUUCUCAAGUGCUCAGACAGCGGACGCAUCAUUCGCGCCACCCACGGCACGCGCCCUAUGACAAGGGACGAGAUUGUGGAGGUUUAUGGAAAGGACAGGAUUUGGGAACCAGUCAUUGAAUUCUCGAGAACUCUCUAUGAUCACCCGGUUAAUGGCGAGGUCCCGGUUCUUCGCUCCUUCAAGGAUUACUUCGACCUCCCUGCGGCCGUAGCUUGCGCAAGGGCCAUUGAUGCACAGGACAACGCUGAAGGAGGUCCUUUUGAUGAGUACGAUAUCUGGCCUGAUGUCCACGUGGCCAUGUGCAACAUGUAUCGCCGGGAACAUUUCCGCAAUGACCUCGGUGGUUUCUUCCCUGAAUUAAAGACCACCCCAGAAAAAUACAUCUAUGAAGCCAGUGAGAGACUCAAGAAGUGGCUUCGGGCCAUCAAUGACCACACAUUCACUUUCCUCAUCUCCGGCUCAAGCAUUGACUACGCUUCCCAUAUCGCGCGCUUUGUACUCGGGCCUGACUGGCGCGACUACUUCGAUACGGUGGUCUGCACGGCCAAGAAGCCCGGGUUCUUCACCGCCAAAAGGCCUUUCAAAUUCCUCAUUGGUCCCGAUGACGGCGAUGAGGUGCCGCCCCACAAGCUCCGCAUCGACGAGACCUACUCUGGGGGCAACUGGGAAGACCUGCUGACGCUGGUCAAGCAAGAGAGUGGUGUCGAGAACCCCCACUGCCUCUACGUCGGAGAUCAUCUGGCGCAGGACGUCCUGACUCCUUCCCUUGUGGAUAUCGACACUGUCGCGAUUGUCGAAGAGCUGGCGGCCGAGGGUAUGAUCGGGGACUCCUUGGAGCAUGACGCAGGAAGCGACCUCAUGAGCAUGUACUGGGGAUCCUUCUUUACAACUGACGGCAACAGGGACGUCAUGGGAAUCGACAGGAUAAACACCCUUUAUGGCAGCGUCCCCGUCAGGCAUUCCCGCAUCGCCAUCCCGUCGCUGGAGGUCGUGGCAAGACACCCCAUUAGGCACCAGUAUGAAGCCUUCAGCCAGGACACAUCUGGCUUCUUCCCGGGAGAUCCUGUCAUCCUGCACUUCUAAGUCAAGCUGUGUUGUCAUCCACAUGAACAAAAGUAGAAGGAGAAAAAAUAAUAACAGUCAUUGUUAUUUUCGUUUUAGAGUCCUUGUUAAUCAAAGUGAUCAUGCCAGCUCUCCAUCAUGCCGAGUGACCGUGCCAACUCUAAAGAUGUGUUGAUUUUUUGCUCUUCCCCUGAGGCGGGCCUCUUGUGAAACCAGAGCGAACCAUCAAGCUGCGUUUGGCAAGGUUCCAGUUGAUAUUUUAUGCAAUCGGAAGCUUUUCGUGAUGGCGGAUGGCAGAAUUAGUUAAUCGAUUCAAUAAUUUAGUCUUAAGUGAAUAUACUGUUGUAGUUUGGUUUUACUAUAAAUAGGAUUAGAGAAUGGGCUUCAUGUCAAAUCAAGACAGAAGAGAAAAUUGGGUGACAAGAUAAAGGAAGACUUAUUAUUUUGCUUUGUUUCUUUAUAAUGGAGAAAGAUUGUAAUAACUCACUGGUAUCCAGAUUAUGAAAAAGCAAGACUUUAUGUAUGUCAUGUAGAUUUAUAUACAAGUACUUGUAGUAAAUGAUAAAUUUUACUUAUCAUGUAUUCUGUUUGUAAAAGCUUGGUUAUGUUAACCGCAAUAGGGCUAGUAUAUAUUAUACUGGAUUCUUGUAUUUGACUAUCAUUGUAGUGCAGACAACAAACCCUUCGUCAAUACCCAAGUAAGAUGGAUAUUAGGCGCUGUUUAUACCCUGCAUUGUCCAUAUACAGUAUAAUUGUUGUUUACGUCUGUUUAGAGACCAGUUUCCUGAGUAGGUAUUUUAUAUAAAGCACGUACUUCAGAUUUAUAAGCAGCAAAUGUGAUCUCAAAAUCAGAAUAGUUAUCUGCAUCAUUGGUGAAUUUAACCUCACGCAACUGGUGUCAGCAAUUAUAAUAGCUGCAACUUUGGACUUGUUAGAAUAGACAGUGUAUUUCAUCGCUUGAUUCCUGAUCUCUUUUAACCACAAGUAAGUUAAGUUGUUCCUAUUAAGGUGCAGUCACACGAAAUGUUCCUCCUACAAGAAAUAAUAGCAUCGUCCAUAUUGACAUGGCUAUAGAAAUAAUUGAGUUGGAUGCUUUCUUGCAUGGAGUAACACGUGUACAACGUCACUUUUAAAUUAAGUUAUAAUGCUCGACAAAUGUACCAAGAGCAUGUUCAAAAGAUAGCAGAGUGCUGUAUAUAUUUUCAACGGUAGACGACACUUCGUAACCCACGCUACGGAAGUUCCUCGAAGACCUGGUGAUCUUGAGUCCUUCUCGGCGCUGGUCAUCUCCGUCUGUUUCUUCUGGAUCAGUUGCGUCUUCCUAACUCCUCACGGCCUGUCGCUGAGGCAGGCCGCCACGUCCGUCUGUGAUCUCUAUAUUUAAUAUUCCUGUACAGUGAUGUUUUAUGGUGUCACUCUGUCACGUCCAGUCACAAUGUCAGACCUUACUGCUCACUUUAUCACCUCAUGUCAUAAGAAUUGCACAUUAUAGAAACUCAGUAGUGGCAAUUAUUGCAUUCUGCAAGACAUGUAUCCCUUUCAACAUUAUUUUACAUUUUUGUAUUUCAUCUGUUUGUGUAUGUGAUGUUACCUCUAUAUGAUUAUGUUACAUUCUGCAAUUUUGGCUGCCAUAUUAUGCCAGCCUUAGUAUGUCAUAAUCUGCUUUACGGUGUUACAGCCUGACAUGCUUCUUGAAGAGUUUCUAUUUUUAUACAAGUAAACUUAGGUGGUAUU